AAGAUUAAGAAGAACUUCAGUUAUUUUUUCUGUGGUUCUGGCGCGUAGUGUAAAAACAAUACUUUUUUUUUAAUUUUAGGUAAAUUCCAUCAGUUUUAAUUUCAAUUUAGGAAUAUCAGGAGACAAUACCUUACUUAUAUUUUGAAUAAUGGGCUGAUAUGGCUAAUACAGAUCUGUAAUCCCCUUGCUGUAAUGUGUAAAUCUUGGUGUAAAAAUCCUACUCUUUCCUGCUUAUCGGACUAACCUAAAAAAAUCUGUGCAGAAAAUAUAAAAUACAUUUAAAAAAAAUUAAAAUUGUGUAUCAAAGGUUUAUGGUGUAAGAUUUAAUUUAUGGUGUAUAUAAACUAGAAUAAACGUUUCCUAAAAUAUGCAUAGUGGAACAAACAACGACAAUGAUCAUUAUGAAUCUGGUUUAGAAUGGAAGAAGAUUGAACAGGAAAUGAAAAAAGUUGGUUUGAGAGAAGGAUUAUCUGAUGGGAGAGAGAGCAAUUUUCAACAGAGCUUUGAUAAGGGAUAUGAAGAUGGUUUUCGUAAUGGAUUUGACUUAGGCAAAUUAAAAUUCAUUGAUGAACUUAGUGGAAAUACUAAUAUACUCUUACAAAACAUGGAUAAGGCAAUGUGUAUUGUUUGCACGACUGAAAAAGACAAUCUUAAUGUUGAAGAUGUAAGAAAAAAACAAACUGAACUACUAGAGGCUAACUUGUACAAACUCUCGUUGAGAAAGUAUUAAACAGAGACAUUAAAAAUAGGUUCUUUUUUUACAAGAUUUAUUGUUUAGAAUCAUGACUGAUGCCUAGUUUUCAUGCAUUGGACAAUAUUUGCAAGAAGUUAAAAAUGUUUUGAUCAUUCUACAAAUUUCAGACAUUUUAAUCUGUCAGCUAUCUACAGAAAAUUAACCUAUGAAAUUAACCAAGAAACUAUACAUGGGAAAUUAAAAUAACUUUGGUUGCACUUUUUUUCGGUGCUUGUGACAUUGUCAUUUUCUGUCUGAAAAAAAUAUUAAUUUUUUAGUUAAUUUUAGUGCUGUUAGGACUGCGGUUUUUUGGACAUUUAUUUCAGCUUUGUUUGGUGACCCAGCUCUGAUAUUUGUGAAAUCUUUAAGAGUUUUUUUGCCGAAAAAACGCUGAAAGCUUUAAUUAUUUUUGCACCUUUACCUUAGGCCUUCCUGUGUUUCCGAAUGCAGUCUGUUUGUGUGACCUCUAUCCUAUGUGCCUUUGUGUGUGAUAUAAUCUUCCUUUCAGCACGUUAUUUAUAUAUUUAAUAAAUAAUAAUAAUAACAUUUUACAGUCACAGGUCACAGGUUACCUUCAUAGAAGUUAGUUAUAUUAAAAUUUAUCCAUUAUACAUUUUACUCAGAUAAGAAUCAGUGGCCUUGAUAUGGUUUAGAGCCAGUCAACAUCUUGGUCACUCCCAAAUUGAGCUGGCGGUUGCCUUGUAGCAGAGCCAUCAUAAAAAAAGAAGAAGAAGAAGAACUUUGGUUGCACAUCAUAAUACGACAUGAAUACGACCACCAGCAAACUCCAUAAGACAACGCAUGGUGUCAUUGAUGUGCAACGAAAGUUGUUUUAAUUUCCCUUUAUAUAAUAUAUGUACAUGCAUAAUAAAUAUACUAGGUAUACAAUAAUAGGUAUGUACAUGUAUAAUAAAAAAAAUAUUUGGUUGCAUGCAUAGAUGUAUGAAAAUGUCUGAAAAAAAUCAAACUUUUCAAAAUCCAUGACAUAAUUCUUUUGCAGAAAACGUCCGAAAUUCAGGGUAGUGAAAACUAGGCCAAGAUGUUAAGUGAUUACAGUAUUUUUUUUGUACCCUCAUUGAUUUUGAAACGAAAUUAAUAUAACUGAAUAAAUUAGCAGUAGUAGCUUAAAAAAAAUAAUAGUUGCCAUUAAAUCCAUGCUGAUUGAUAACAAUUACGCCCUUUUAAAUUAAGUUUGAUUUUUGAGUAAAUUGUAUUGUCGCUUGAAAAAUUCAAGGUUUUUGCUUUCUACACAUUUAAUUGGAACCUACAUGAAUACUGAAACACCCAGUAUAUUGUAAAUUGUCUGUAUACAAUAAUGUAUAUAAUUUUUUUAGAAAUAUUGCCUAUUUUAGUAAUAUCUCAUGUUAAUGUGAUUUUUACAAAAAGCGUAGAUUUACUUACAAAGAAAACAUUCCGUUUAUGUUAUUAUUACCACAAACUAACUUAUGUAAGUUAGUCUGUGUUAUUACCCUUGUGUAUUAAUUUAAUAUCUAAACAAGAAUAUUACCUGUCAUAUUUAUUUGUAAAAAAUACUGUAUACAGUUUAUAGGCUGGUGCUAAAUAAAGCAAAUUAUGAAAAAAA